ACAGCAUUUUAUUCAUAUUUUAUUUUCUUUUUCAUCUAUACAACAGAAAAAGGGAAAAGCACACACACACACACACGCAUACACACACACACUAGUAAUAAUAAAACAAAUGUAUUCAUAUGACAAUGAACAAAACAAAAACUAUAGUCCAAUCCCUUCUACAAAAAUGCCCUUAAGACCAAGGUUUAAUCAAGGUGAAGAAUAUGUAAUGCAACAGAAUUCUUUUAAAAGUAAUCAGUAUAGUCCUGGUUAUAUACCCCAAAAUGAUCCAUUUGGUUAUUAUGAGUCUAGUAUACCAGGCUCAAAUACAAUGAAGCAGCCAUUCUUAGGAACUCCAGAUAGCAAUCAUCCUCCUUCCUUUCACUAUGAAAAUACACAUUCACAACAACGAUUUGGAUUAUCCAACAUGAUUGGGGGUGGUCCAGAAGAUUUUGGUAUUGCUCCAAGAAGACAACAGAGACGAUAUAAAACAAUACGAAAGGUUAAAUUGACAGGUGGUAAUUUAGUAUUAGAUAAUCCAGUUCCAAACAAGUAUCUUCAACGAGUAAAACGUCGUGAUGAAAUGGAAUUUACGCACAUGAGAUAUACUGCCGCUACUUGUGAUCCUGCUGAUUUUAAAAAGGAUGAUUACAAACUAAGACAAAAUAUAAUGCAUAGAGAGACUGAACUGUUUAUUGUAUUAACCAUGUACAACGAAGAUGAAGUUUUGUUUUGCAGAACGAUGAAUGGUGUAAUGAAGAAUAUAUCUCAUCUUUGCUCUCGGGAUAGAUCAAAGAUUUGGGGUGCUUCAGGAUGGAAAAAAGUAGUUGUAUGUAUUGUGUCAGAUGGUCGUACCAAGAUUCACCCUCGUACAUUAUCAGUGUUAGCAGCGAUGGGUGUAUACCAAGAUGGUUUAGCGAAAAAUAUUGUAAAUGGUAAACCAGUAACCGCGCAUAUUUAUGAGCAUACAACUCAAUUAGCUAUUGAUUCAGAUAUGAAUUUUAGAGGAUCGGAAAAGGGGGUUGUUCCUGUUCAAAUAUUAUUUUGUCUCAAGGAAAAGAAUCAAAAGAAAAUCAAUUCUCAUCGUUGGUUCUUUCAAGCAUUUGGUCCACUUUUACGGCCCAAUGUAUGUGUACUAUUAGAUGUAGGAACAAAGCCAGGUAGCAGGUCUAUCUAUCAUCUUUGGAAAUCAUUUGAUAUCAAUCGUAAUGUAGCAGGUGCCUGUGGUGAGAUUAAGGCUAUGUUGGGUACUGCCGGUGUACAGCUUUUAAACCCUUUAGUGGCUUCACAAAACUUUGAAUACAAGAUGUCGAAUAUCCUUGAUAAGCCACUUGAAUCUGUCUUUGGUCAUAUCUCUGUUUUACCUGGUGCCUUCUCCGCUUAUCGUUAUUCUGCAUUACAGAAUGAUGUACAUGGACAGGGACCACUUGAAAAGUAUUUUUUAGGUGAAAAAAUGCAUGGAAGUGAUGCUGAUAUCUUUACAGCCAAUAUGUAUCUCGCUGAGGAUCGUAUCUUAUGUUAUGAGCUUGUUGCCAAGAAGAAUGCUGCUUGGGUGCUCCACUAUUGUUCAAAUGCUUCAGGGGAGACGGAUGUACCUGACACGAUCUCAGAAUUUAUAUCACAACGUCGUCGAUGGCUUAAUGGCUCCUUCUUUGCUGGUAUUUACUCCAUCGUGCAUUGGCGUAAGGUCUGGGGCUCUAAUCACAAUAUCUUCCGUAAACUCCUUUUCAUGAUCAAUGAUCUUUAUCAACUCUAUAAUCUUAUUUUCUCCUGGUUUGCGAUUGGUAAUUUUUAUUUAGUCUUCUAUAUCAUGACCACCUCUAUCACAACCGUACCUGAUCCCCCCUUUAGCGUCAAUAUAGGAAACAUAACCCAUACUGUGCUUAAUUAUGUCUAUAUCUUAUUACUUCUUAUUCAGUUCAUUAUUGCCAUGGGCAAUCGCCCUCAAGGUCUCAAGUGGGCUUAUACACUUAUCAUCAUCUUCUUCGCACUCAUGAUGGGUUAUAUUCUGUUUUGUACCUGUUGGAUUACUGUCAGGGGUGUACAGGGGGCAUUCGAGGCAGCUGCACUGGCAAAAGGUGAAAGCCUGAGUGAGCAAGUCCUUGCCCUCAUUCGACAGAGUACGUUUCGAAACGUGAUCAUCUCUGUAUGUUCAACUUAUGUUAUGUAUUUUGUAGCCAGUAUCCUAUUCUUGGAUCCUUGGCAUAUGUUUACAAGUUUAAUCCCUUAUAUCUUUAUGUCACCUAGUUAUAUCAACGUACUUAAUAUCUACGCAUUCUGUAAUACACAUGAUGUGUCAUGGGGUACAAAAGGAGAUAAUGGUGUCUCAACCGAUUUAGGUGUUGUUAAAGGAAUAAAGAGCAAAGAUGGUGAACAUGAAGUAGAGAUCUCUGCUCCUACUGAACAAAAGGAUCUUAAUGAGCAAUAUGAUGAGGCAUGUCUAGAAUUGAAAACAACAGCUACACCUGAAGUGAAUAAGAGAGAUGCGAAAACAAAACAGGAAGAUUACUACCGUUCUUUUAGAACUAGAUUAGUCAUAUUUUGGAUUAUCUCUAAUUUAAUUCUUGUUGUUAUUAUUACAAAAGGUCAGGAGGUAUUGAAAUGGUUUGGAAACUAUAAUGAUAGAGCAACUGCUUAUCUUGGAUUCAUUCUUUGGUCUGUUGCUGGCUUAUCAGCUAUUCGUUUUAUAGGUGCCAUUUUAUAUUUAAUUUUAAGAAUCUUUAUAGGAUAAAAUAAAUAAAUAAUUAAAUAAAUAAAGCGCGGUCACAAGCCUUGUGACGGCCUUUAUAAAAUAAGCCAUUCAA